AUGGCGAACGAAACAGAAAACUUGUUGCGAGCUUCAUCUUCUCCACCGGGACGUGCUGGUGGAAGCCCUUUCGAAGUGGUUGAAGUCUUUUCCGGGGGGAUAUUAUGUGCAAACAGUGCCUCUUACUACAUUGUUGGAGCAGAAUUCAAGGGACAUCGGACGAACAAGGGAGAGUCUAGCAGGUUGACAUAUUGGCACAAACUCGAUGACGAGUCGAACAAUUCUCGGGAUGUUUCGAGAGGUACAGGGAACUUCCAACCUCCAGUGACGGGGUCGAGUUCUGAUGAAUUCCGCGUCCAUCAUAGAGUUGGCACUGGGGGCGCAAAGAAGGGGACGUCAGAAGACUCGGAAGCAAAUGCUACUAUGCAUCUCUGA